AUGAAGACAUCCAUUAUUCUCCCCGUCCUUCUCAACCUUGCUCUGGCCAGCGCAGCCCGCCCGCUUGGCCCCGGGGAGCAGACACCUGAAACGCUUUUGAAAGAGAAUGCGCAACUUGAUAUCAACUGUAAACUCGAGAACGGUGGCGUCCAGUGUGCAACCGACAGGGGCUCGAAUCCCCGUAAAGAAAACCUUCUACAACUUUGCGACCAGAUUGGCGGUUGUGUGUGCGGUCCCCUGCUCGGGAACAGAUUUGGUCGCAAAAGAUUUGGUGGCAAUGACUCCUGGUUCGACUUCUUCUGCUCAUCUUCCCAGAAGGAGCAGGAUAUUUAA